UUAAAUUUAAAAUACAAGUUAUUUUUAUUAUUUAGUAAAAACAAAUGAUGCUUUUUUAAAGUGAUUGUGCGGUGAAAUUUUUUUUAUUUCAAAUUUUUGUUUCUUUAUUUAUAGUUUAAUUUAAUUGUGGAUCAAUGUCUCUUCCAACUGGAUUCUCUAGUUCUACAGAAUACUUUUUGGAGAUUUUAAAAUUUCUUGAAAAGUAUUCUUGGAUAUAUACAACAGCGAAUACAUGUUUUAUUAAAGAAGAUGUCAUAAAUAAAUUUCCACAGGAAUGGAUAAAUUAUUUCUUAAAUAUUUCAGAGAACAAUUUAAACUUUUUCCCAGAAAAUUUGAAUACCGACAAUCCACCCAACUCAUUAAAAGAAUUCCAAUUAAAAAUAAGUUCACUAAAAGCAGAUAUAGAGAAAUUUCGCACGGAAAAAAUUAUCAACAACAGUUUAAAUUUUAAAAAGGUUAACGUGAAGAAAGUUCAUGAAAUAACAGCACUCGCAAAUUUAAUUCUGGAUAAUUGUAGGGAAAUUGACAUUUUUGUUGAUUUUGGAAGUGGUUUAGGUUAUUUAAGUGAAUGCCUGUAUAGACUUAAUAAUGAAAGCAAAGUGCUUGGGCUAGAAUCGGAUCCUGAUCGAAUUUUAACUGCGACAAAAAGAAUUAAAGAAUAUUACCCAAAUGCCAUAGGAAACAUAUAUUUCCAAAAUCAUUAUAUAACAGAGUCGUCAGACAUAUUCAUUAAAAACUGUAUAGAGGAAAAUUUCCCUAAAUUAAAAAAUCCAAAAAUCUGCAUUAUUGGACUUCAUUCUUGCGCAGAUUUGGCUAUUGUUUCUAUAAAUAUAUUUCUUUUAAAUCCACAAAUUAGAAAACUCAUAAUGAUGCCUUGUUGCUAUCACAAAUUAACAAUUUCGAACAACCUUAACAAGGAUGCUAAUAUUUUAUUUAAUAACUUUCCACUUAGUAACUGCUUUAAGGAUCAAGCUGCAAAUUUCCAGUUCAGUAAUUUUCUGAAUCGACCAUUUCUACGAUUAGCAUGCCAACAAACCGCAUCGAGAUGGCGCGUGAUGGAUAAUCUAGAGCAUUUGAAUCAUGGUGAAGAAAUGUUUGUAAGAGGAAUAUUGGAAACAAUUAGAAAUGAAAAUGAAGUUAUCACAAAGAAAAAAAAUAAAAGUACAAAAACUUCAUAUUUUGAUAUUAAUGUGAACAAAAUUAAAUCAAUUUAUGAAAUUCAACUAAAAAGCAAUGGUAUCGUAUUAGAAUGGACAAAAGAACGUGAACUUCAAGUACAAAAAAUGCUAGCAAAAUUUCCUAAUGGAGGAAAAAUAGCAGAGGCUUUGACUUGUCUCCAAACAAGUAUGCAGGGAAUAUGUGAAAAUCUAAUUUUAUAUGAUCGAAUUUGUUAUAUCAAUGAACAAUCGCAAAUGAAAGACUUGAACAUAAACAGCAGAUAUCAAAAAAUUUUAGACGACAAAUUGUCUCCAAGGUGUUUUGUGUUAAUGUCAUCGAAAAAUAGCUAGUAGUGUACAAUUAAGUUCUAAUAAUCAUAACUACAAUUAAGUUAAUAAAUUUUUUUUUAUAAAAACUUGCUUCCACUUGUAAUUAUAAAUUGCUAUAGUUUGAACUUUAUACAA